AUGCAGGUCGACGCACAGCUUUUACCCGCUCCAGUGGUGGUGGUUACCAAAUUGAAACCAGCCGAGAUGUUGGCACCGCUCAGUCAGGCCUCGGAGCCCAGCGAGCUGCCACCACCUUUGCCGAAUGUCAGUGGCUUGGUGUGCCCUUUGUGCCAUGAGAUGUUGGAGGACCCCGUGAUGGCAGUUGAUGGCCAUACCUACUGUCGCAGGUGCAUUCAGGACUGGUUCCAGCAGACAGAAGCUGGGAGCAAACCCAAGUCUCCUGUGACUGGGCAGCCUUUGCUGUCCCUGUUGCUCUUUCCAAACUUGGCACUUGGCAAAGCCCUGAUCUCCAUCCGCACCAACAUGCAGCCUGCGUGGUUGCAAGCAGAAAAGGAGCGUCAGGCCUUACGGGCCGAGCUGGACCUGAAGACCCGAGAAUUGAUCCAGGCAAAGGCACAGAGCAGCGGCAAGGACUACUCCAAGGACCUCACUGAAGCGGAGCUGAAUGUCGCACAGCUCACGGCCAAGUUGCAGAUUGCGGAUGAGGAAACGCGUGCAGGCCGAGGAGAGGUUGAGCGCCUCAACAAGGAGCUGGGUGGACUGCGAGAGAAGUUGGAGCGGACGCAGGCGCAGAUCUCAGGGGAGCGCUCUGCGAUGCAGCAAAUCGACGAGUUGGACAGCCUGCUUCGUUUCUCCAAGGCCGAGGUCAUGCGGCUUCAAACAGAGCUCGAGUCUGUCAAGAAGCAGGAGACCGAGUUGAGGAGAGGGAAGUACAGGUACGAAAUCGACAUGGCCAAGGUGACGCAAGAAAACCAAAAAAAUCAGGAGGAGCUAGUGCGCCUGCGGUUUCAGACACAAAGCCAAGAGGGCAUUCCAUCUUCGGUAGUUCUGGCGGAAACUCUGGACACUGCCAAAAAGGAUCUCGAGGCUAAAGACACGGUUAUCCGUGAACUGCAACUUGCGGGGACCAGGGCUGGCGCCCAGUUGGUGGACUUGAUGGAGAAGCAAAGGCAAAGUGAAAUUCUGCUCCGCCGAGUGCCAGAACUUGAAGCUGAAAACCACGCCUUGCGGCAAGAGCUCAACGGGAAGGUGGCCGAGUUGUCAGCGUUGAAAGAGACCUUGCUUCAAACAGAGGAGAAGCUACGGCUGCGGGAGGCGGCCCCCGAGCUGACGGCCGCCGAGCUCCUGGCCUCGGAGGCGGAGCGCCUGGAGGAGGAGCUGGCGUUUGCCCAUGAUCAACUUGCCAACUGGCAGGUCGAGUUCAAGAAACGCGAAGACUUGCUGCGGGGCAUUCCACUGGUCUUUGCGGACUUUUUGGCUCAGAUCAAUGCACCGGACCCUGCACUAUCCAGCAGCAACCUUCGCCCAGAGGAUGCUCCGCGAUUUGUUAUCGCGGCCCUGCAACGGCUGCAGCUCACCAUGGCAAAGCGCGAGGCAGAGCUGAAAUUUGCACAUGAAAAGAUUGCAGAGCUUUCUCAGUACGCUGGCUCUCAGGGUAUGAGCGGAAGCUUCAUUGCCAAGAUGGCCAUGUUGAUGUACCUCCUGGAGGUCUCAGUGCUGUCUGGCAGCGGCUUACGUGAUGCCAAAUGGAAGCCCAGUAGCAACGGCGCGGGGCUUUCAUGCACUGUGGAAAUUCCUGGAAAGGAGGAUAAACUGGUGACCAAGAGCAUUCACACUACAAAGGACCCAGUUUGGAAUCACACUGGAGAAUUGCAGAUGUCACACAGUGACAGCUUAUGCUUCACUGUGCAGGGCGAACACAAAAUCGGACAGGCUGUGCUGCCUGCAUCGCGAGCCGUGGUUGCAGGCUUUGAGGGUGACCUCAAGCUGAAUGCAACGGAGACUGGCCUGGAGAAUGCCAUGAUCAAGGUGAAGAUUGUGGUCAAAAUGUCCUUCAUGGCUGGUGAGAAUCCAAGGACGGGAGGAUCGAAUGGACCGGCUGCAAAGCCUUCAGAACAUUCAAAACACCCUGGCAAGGCCCAACCCUCUUCCACCAGCAAUUCUGGGACAGAUUCGGACAGCUCCAGUUCAGGCAGCUCCGCUGGCGGGCCAAAAGCUUUGCUGAAUGCCGCGAAGGCUGGUGAUUUAGCCCAAGUGAGUUCCCUGGUGAAGGGCGCACAGGCGAAGGACCUCACGGCAGCGUUGCACGCGGCCUGUUCCGAGGGGCAUCGCAAGCUGGUGGCGCCCUUGUGCAAAGGAAAGGCAGAUGUGAACGGGCUGGACAACAGUGGCUUGACACCUCUGCACGUUGCCGCCUUCCGUGGAGACGAUGCUGUGGUGCAGGCACUGUGCCAGCUCGGGGCCAAUGUGAAGGCUGUGGAUGAGGAAGGUUGGACACCUCUCUAUGUUGUUGCAGCAUUCGGUGGUCAAGAAGAUGUCUUCAAGACCCUGUUGGCAGCAAAAUCAGAUGCCAACUUUACAACUCCCAGUGGCACCACCAUCAGCAUGGCUGCAAAGCAGAAAGGCUUUACCCAGCUGUUGAAUCUCCUGUAA